AUGGCCGGGCCCGCGAUGCUGGUGGCCGCCGCUCUGGCGCUCUGCUUACUGCUGGCGUCCCCAGGCUUCGCGUGGUACAAGCCGACGGCGGGGCCGGGGUACUACUCCGUGGGCCGCGCCGCAGGGCUGCUGUCCGGUUUCCACAGGUCGCCGUACGCACGGCGCUCCGAGCCGCGCGGGGGCACGCGAUCCCUGGGAGGGGCCGGCACCUUCCGGGAGAUGCGCCCCAACCUGCGGAGUCUCGCCGUGUGCGUCAAGGAGGUCACCCCCAACCUGCAGAGCUGCGAGCCGCUCCCCGACGGCCGCGCCACUUUCCAGUGCAAGGCCGAUGUCUUCCUGUCGCUCAGCGCCUCAGACUGUCGCAGCAAGUGA